AUGAGCAUAACAUCUUCCCCUGAUGAUUCAGCGCGGACGCUCUGGAUAGGAGCCCAGUCUAAUGUUGCGGUCAAGAAUAUUGCCGAGAAACUAGUUUCUCUUAAAUUCCACCAAUUCAAGAUUCUCGUCUCAAAAGAUUUCCAUUACGACUGGCACGAACAUCUCUAUGAGGAGAUUGAAAAGCAUGUCAUCCGGUCCGACAGAUUCAACAAAGACCUCACCAUGACCAGCGGAACUCUCAUUGGAGUCCGAGUUAUUCUUUGCACCCUCAGCAUGUUUUCCAACGACAAACUCAGCGAGCUCAUGCGAAUGGUGCCCGUCCAGACGAUUAUCUUUGACGAGGCCAGUCAGAUUGAGGUAGGGGAUUACUUGUCUAUCCUCCACCGCUUCCGAAGAACUCUCGAAAAACUCGUGUUCAUUGGGGACGACAAACAAUACCGCAUGCCGACGAUCAUUGGCGGCUUCAUAUCAAAGCAGAUGUACAAAGGAAAACUCAAGAGCAAACACAAAAUCACGGAUUCAUCCGCCUGCUUCUUUGUCGAUGUCAAUGGGGACGAAACGACGAUGGGCCACAGCUGGAUGAAUGAGAAAGAAAACGCGACAGUGGUCCGGCUUGCCCGUUUCUUUAAUGAAAAGAAACAAUCGUACCGCAUCGUCACUCCGUAUGAUGGACAGCGUUCGUUAAUCGAGAAAACGUUGAAGAGUGCCAAAAUUCCAUGGGAGAACAAAUGCUUCAACGUCGACGCCUUCCAAGGUAACGAAGAUGAUCAUAUCAUCAUAUCGCUUGUCCGUACGAAGAAGAUCGGAUUCCUCAAGAACGUCCGGCGUACAAACGUCAUGCUAAGCCGGUGCAAGCGGUCCAUGGUCAUCUGUACAAACCGACCGUUCAUCUCCGAGACAGCACGAGACACCCUCCCCGGCAAAUUGGCGCGCUCGCUGGGGCAGGACAACUGGCUGAACGAAAAGGACAUCCUGAACGGUCGCAUGGGUGCAUUGACUUCUAUCUUGAUCUAGGUUUUGCUCUCUGUACUAUCCCGCACCGUCGUAUUUUUCUACCAUCUUAGCACAGUUCUUGUAAAACAAUGGACAUAC